ACAAGCAUUUCCUUAUAUAAAGUGAAUGUCUGAUUUAUUUUUCUUUGUCAAAAUACUGCGACAGAAAGAACAGAUAAGCUAUGACUGUCGUAGCAAUUCUGUGUUUGCUGUCGGUAGCUUACACCGUAGCAAGGCCACCAAAUAUGGUAAAGCAUCCAGAGAAGAAUAUUUGGUACAAGCCUGGAGAGUCGGUGGAAAUAGCCUGUAUUGCCGAUGGUAUUCCCAAACCUGUUUAUCGAUGGAAGCGAAACGAGAUAGAUUUCACUCCCAGCAGAAAUGACAAUCGUGUGGUUCAGCUGCCGGGUCAAGGCACACUUGUGUUCAACACACCCGAAGACAAAGAUGAGGGAAUAUAUCAGUGCUUUGCUGAUAAUGGUUACGGUGUUGUUGUCUCCGUCCAAGUCAAAUUUCGAGAGGCCAAACUGGCCCGAUUUCCAUAUGAGGAAAAAAAAGUAGCCUAUGCAAUGGCUGGUACAGCGUUGACCUUGCCAUGUACGCCACCCCAGAGUUAUCCCCAGGCCGACAUUAGCUGGGUGAUCAAGGACCACGACAGUUGGCAUACUAUCGAAUUCGAUAAACGCGUCAGUAUGGACCUCGAAGGUCGAUUGCGAAUCACAAACGUGAAGGAAUUCGAUGAGCAAGGCGGAAGGGCAUAUUCAUGUAUGGUUAUCAACGAUUUCCUGAGAGAAAAUGCCAUCGGACCAGAGCAUGAGAUCAGUGUUUUUGGAUCUACUGAAGAGAAGCACGCGGCGUCUGAGUUGUGGACAUCUCCAAGUGAUCAGGUUUUCCUGGUUGGCUCCACUCUGAUACUCAAGUGUAUCUUCUCCGGAAAUCCCACUCCGGAUGUGUACUGGGAGAGAAUCGAUGGAAGCCUGCCAGACCGAGCCGUCAUCAAGAGUUACGGCCAGGAGCUUCUGGUCUACAACGUCCAGCUUUCUGACGCCGGCCAGUACAAGUGUAUGGGUCACAAUAUAGAGUCACAGCAGAAAGCUGAAAAGGAUUUCAAUGUCCUUGUGGAAUCCGCGCCUCAUUGGGUAAUCGAACCUCGGAACCAAGUAUUGAUGCCAGCUGAAACAGCGUCAUUUAUAUUCCGGGCGACCGGUCUGCCAGAACCCGAAUACACAUGGUACAUCAACGGCGUUCCCCUCGAAGACAACGCUGCUCAGGGUGUUAUGGGUACGAGGGAUCCCCGUAUCUACAACAAUCCUCGCUUCUUUAAGAUCGCCAAAUACAACAUCAUACUGGCGAACCUGACGCUUGCAGACCACAUGAACAUUCAGUGUAACGCCAGUAACAGAUACGGAUAUAUUUUGGCCAACGUCUACCUGGAUGUAAAAGCUAAAAAAAGAAAAAACGCCCAACGACCCUGCAUACAACAGACCGCACCUAAAUCUACAGCCCCCGUGCUAUCUGUCCGACCCUGCAUACAACAGGCCGCACCUAAAUCUACAGCCCCCGCGCUAUCUGUCCGACCCUGCAUACAACAGGCCGCACCUAAAUCUACAGCCCCCGCGCUAUCUGUCCGACCCGCAUACAGCAGGCCGCACCUAAAUCUACAGCCCCCGCGCUAUCUGUCCGACCCUGCAUACAACAGGCCGCGCCUAAAUCUGCUGCCCCCGCGAUAUCUGUCCGACCCUGCAUACAACAGGCCGCACCUAAAUCUGCUGCCCCCGCGAUAUCUGUCCGACCCUGCAUACAACAAGUCGCACCUAAAUCUACAGCCCCCGCGCUAUCUGUCCACCACUGACAUAUUUCGCUCAGUAUCAAACUGA